UCUUACGUCCUACUAUGACAAAUCGAGAAACAGAAAGUAAUUUUACACAAGAAAAUGAAUAUAAUGAAAGUGAUAAUGAUGAAAUAAAUAUGGAAGAAUACUCGACUGAUGAUGGAGAAGGCGUCAUUGUAAAAGACAAUGUUGAAUCAAAAAUUAGUAUAACUGUUCAAGAGUCAAAUGUUAUACCUAAAACAGUGAAACGUCAAAAGAAGAACUUGGAAGAAGGACAUCAAUCAAAAGACUUGGAAAAUCACCUUGUAUCUUUCUUACAAAACAGAAAACCCGAGGAAAAUGAUCCUGAUAAACUAUUUCUUCUUUCCUUACUACCACAAAUCAAAAAAAUUCCCGAAGACCA